GCUGCCGGGGGAGGGAGGAGCUGGGGGGGCGGCGAUGGAGCGGAGCCGGCGGGCGGCGGCCUGAAGCCCCCGCCGGCAGCGGCAGCGGAGCCCGAGCCCGAGCCCACCCUGAGGAAUGAGCGCUCUCCAGGCUGACCUCCUCCUGCUGCUGCUCGGCUGCCUCCUGCUCAGCCACGAACUGGGGCUCCCAGGAAGAGGAUGCUGCCUAGUACUGGGGUUCAUGUACAAGGAGAAGUACCGCAGGAUGACUGAAGGCCAGGCAUCCUCGUUCACGCAGCAGCCACAGGACCAGGUGGUGAUCGCGGGGCAGCCGGUGACGCUGCUCUGCGCCAUCCCCGAGUACAAUGGCAUCGUGCUCUGGAUCAAGGACGGGCUGGCCCUCGGCGUCGGACGGGAUCUCUCAAGUUACCCACGCUAUCUGGUCGUAGGAGACCAUCUGUCAGGUCAGCACCACCUGAAGAUCCUGCGAGCUGACCUGCAGGAUGACGCCGUGUAUGAGUGCCAGGCCAUCCAAGCUGCCAUCCGAUCCCGACCUGCCCGGCUGACCGUCCUCGUUCCUCCAGAUGACCCUGUCAUUUUGGGGGGGCCCAUCAUCAGCCUGAGAGCAGGAGACCCCCUGAACCUGACCUGCCACGCAGACAACGCCAAGCCAGCAGCCUCCAUCAUCUGGAUGAGGAGGGGAGAAGUCAUCAAUGGAGCCACCUAUUCCAAGACACUGCUCCGUGACGGCAAGAGGGAGAGCAUCAUGAGCACGCUGUUCAUCGCGCCGUCCGACAUCGAGAACGGGGAGAGCAUCGUGUGCCGAGCCACCAACAAAGCCAUUCCCAGUGGGAAGGAGACUUCUGUCACCAUUGACAUCCAGCACCCUCCCCUGGUGAACCUGUCCGUGGAGCCGCAGCCGGUGCUGGAGGACAACACUGUGAAGUUCCACUGCUCUGCCAAGGCCAACCCUGCUGUCACCCAGUACAGGUGGGCAAAGAAAGGCCAGGUUAUAAAGGAAGCCUCUGGUGACUUCUACGAAACCAUCGUGGACCACACGUUCUUCUUUGAGCCCGUGUCCUGCGAGGUCACCAAUGCUCUGGGCAGCACAAACAUCAGCAGGACCGUGGAUGUCUACUUUGGGCCCAGGAUGGCCACGGAGCCGCAGUCCCUGCUGGUGGACCUGGGCUCGGACGCCGUGUUCAACUGUGCCUGGACGGGGAACCCCUCCCUCACCAUCGUCUGGAUGAAGCGAGGCUCGGGCGUGGUCCUGAGCAAUGAGAACAAGCUGAUCCUGAAGUCAGUGCGCCAGGAAGACGCCGGGAAAUACGUGUGCAGAGCCGUGGUGCCGCGCGUGGGCGCGGGGGAGCGGGAGGUGACGCUCACCGUCAACGGGCCCCCCAUCAUCUCCAGCACGCAGACCCAGCACGCCCUGCACGGCCAGAAGGGACAGAUCAAGUGCUUCAUCCGCAGCACUCCGCCACCAGACCGCAUCGCUUGGUCCUGGAAGGAGAACGUUCUGGAAUCUGGGACUUCAGGGCGCUACACGGUGGAGACGGUGAGCACAGAUGAGGGGGUGAUCUCCACGCUGACCAUCAGCAACAUCGUCCGUGCCGAUUUCCAAACCAUCUACAACUGCACGGCCUGGAACAGCUUCGGCUCCGACACGGAGAUCAUCCGGCUCAAGGAGCAAGGUACGGAAAUGAAAUCAGGAGCUGGUAUUCAAGCAGAGUCGGUGCCCAUGGCGGUGAUCAUCGGGGUGGCCGUGGGGGCCGGCGUGGCGCUCCUGGUGCUGAUGGCCACCAUCGCUGCUUGCCGCUCCCAGCUCUCCACUGGGCUCGCUGAGCCGGGUUUAUUUUCUCAGGUGCUGCGGGGAUUCCUCAGUGAUGUCCCUGCAGAAGCUCGGACUGAGCCCCCCGUCCAUCUCCCUCUUUUCGCAGAUCUCAAGGGUGUGGUGUCUGCCAAGAACGACAUCCGCGUGGAGAUCGUGCACAAGGAGCCGGCCUCGGGCAGGGAGGCGGAGGAGCACCCGACCAUCAAGCAGCUGAUGAUGGACCGGGGGGAGUUCCAGCAGGACUCGGUGCUGAAGCAGCUCGAGGUGCUCAAGGAGGAGGAGAAGGAGUUUCAAAACCUGAAGGACCCCACCAACGGCUACUACAGCGUGAACACCUUCAAGGAGCACCACUCCACCCCCACCAUCUCGCUGUCGGGCUGCCCGGCCGACCUGCGCCCGCCGGGCAAGCAGCGGGUGCCCACGGGCAUGUCCUUCACCAACAUCUACAGCACCCUGAGCGGGCAGAGCCGCCUCUACGACUACAGCCAGCGCUUCGUGCUGGGCAUGGGCAGCAGCUCCAUCGAGCUGUGCGAGCGCGAGUUCCAGCGCGGCUCCAUGAGCGACAGCAGCUCCUUCCUCGACACCCAGUGCGACAGCAGCAUCAGCAGCAGCGGCAAGCAGGACGGCUACGUGCAGUUCGACAAGGCCAGCAAGGCCUCCGCGUCCUCCUCCCACCACUCCCAGUCGUCUUCCCAAAACUCAGACCCCAGCCGGCCCCUGCAGAGGCGGAUGCAGACGCACGUUUGAGCCCCUCGGGACGCUCGGGACCCUCCCGUGGGCGCCGUGCUCUGCUCGGACAGUGGCGCCCACCAGCAGCGGCGCUGGGAGCGGCCGGAUCCAGGCCCCUGGAGCAGGGCUGGGGCAGGGGACCGGCCGAGCAUCCCCCUCCCUGGCACACGCUAAGCACAACCCCGCCGAGGACGCGCUGGGCCCCGGGGAGCCGCUCCCUCGGCGGGGCUGGGGACGGCCCUGGCCCCACCGCGCCCCACGCGCCCCCACAGCCGCUCGCUUCCCGCUGCCCCCUGCCCCCGGCUCCUCCCUUCCCUUCGUGGUGUUCGGUGUCCAUACUUAUAGAGUCCGUGUCGGGGGUCGGGGGGUCCCGCCGUGGGGACGGGAGGUGGGGACGGCGGUGGGACAGGGACUCCCCGGGAAGGGCCUCUCCGCUGUAUCGCGGCACCGCGGUCAAUACAAGAGGUGUUUCUCGUGGCA